CGCUGCCACCUGCACUGCUCGCCACCACCUCCAGCAGUCUCGCCGACAUGUCCACCUCUGCCGCCUUCCCCGCCGACAGCGAGUUCUCGCUCCACCAGGUCACCCCGGCCAACUCGCAACACACGAUCCCGGCCACGCUCCGCCUGAUCAAGGCGCUCGCCCUGUUCGAGAAGGCGCCCGACGAGGUCUUUGCGACCGAGGAGCUCCUGCGCGACAGCUUCUUUGGCGACAAGGAAGGGCGCAAGUACGCCGAGUGCAUCCUCAUCUACCGGGGAGGAGCACCGGGCGAGGACGGCGCAGAGGCGGUCGCCAUGGCCGUGUGGUACUACACGUUCUCGACGUGGACCGGCCGAGGCGGCCUCUACCUCGAGGACCUCUUCGUCGAGGAAGAGUUCCGCGGUCGCGGGUUCGCCAAGCUCCUGUUCAAGCACCUCGGCCAGAUCUGCGCCGAGCGAGGACUGCCGAGGAUGGAGUGGGUCUACAUCAAGUGGAACAAGAACGCCGAGCAGAUCUACAAGCGCAUGGGCGCCGUCGACCUCGACGAGUGGAUGACGAUGCGCAUGACGGGCGACGCGCUCAAGAAGCUCGGCGAGUGAGCUAGACGGAGGAAGACGGGACGAGGAAGGGAAAAAAGGCGCGCAAACUUGCGCUUCGGGCCUGUAUCGACCUGCAACUCGCACAUGAGCCGCA